GAAGCGAUUCCUCCAAAACGACAUUCAUUUUGUAGCGAAAUAUUCGACUGAUCUGACCGGUUUGCAAUAUCAAUUGUUGGUCAUUCUGUUUUUGAAAAAUGAAUAAUUUCUUGUUGAUAUCGCUAAUUGUUUGUCUAGCAUUAGCGAUUAAUGUCCAUGGAGACACAGAUUUGGAAUUCAGUCGUGCCGCUUUGGAUGAAACGCCUGAUCGUGUGAAGGAUCUGCUUGAGAAAGGUGCUAACAUCAAUGCUAGAGACGAAGACGGCGACACGGCAUUAAUGAACGCUUCCAAUAACGGGCGCUAUGAAACUGUGAAAUUUCUGAUUGAAAACGGAGCUGAUGUCAAUGCAACAGACACAAAUGGCAAAACCCCCUUAAUGUUUGCUUCUGCUUUCGAUAAUUCCAGGAUCAUAAAACUUCUGGUUGACAAUGGAGCCAAUAUCAAUGCAACGGACAAUAGUGGAUGGUCGGCGUUAAUUUAUGCCGCUUUUGAUGGUCGUGAAAGAUCAGUCCGCGCCCUGUUGCGGAAAGGUGCAGACGCUGACUAUGCUUUAAAGUAUGCGACUGAACACAUGCACUCCGUCAGUGACUAUUACGAGAGACGCAGCACGAGCGGCGAAGGAGGGUAUCAAAAAGCCAUAGAUAUAAUCAACAAAAAUAACACUUUUUGGCGUAAUCUUCAAAGUUACAUCGAAUGAUCAUAAGUAGACGCAAUAUCAAUAAAUCUUGAA